AUGGCGGGGGGCAGACUGGUCGCCCGCCUUCUGGCCGCCGCCUGCUUCGCCCUGAGCUUGGCUCCGGCCGUGGCGGGGCCGCGGGACAGCCCCGGCCUUUCGCGGCUGCAGAGGAGGAGUCUGGCCCUGGACUUCGUUGUGCCCUCACUGUUUCGCACCUACGUGCGGGAGCUGGUGCUGGGACCGCCGGGGCGCGCCGCAGCGCGAUGUCGCUUGCGGCUGGACUGCGCGCCCCUGCUCCGCGCCGCCCGCGGGGGGCUGCCACGGGGCGCGCCGCCCGCUCCCCCCCAUCCCUCCGGCGGUGGGCCCUCGGCGGCCGGGAGGCGGCUGCGGCGUGCCAAGCAGCUGGUGCUGGAAGUGGGCGAGGGCAGCCUGCGGGACGGCUGCGCCGGCGAACCGCCGCCGGGUUCCGGCGGGGCGCAGCUGGAGUUCAACCUCACCGAGCUCUUCGCCUGGUGGCUCCGCUCCGGCGAUGGGCGGUUGCGGGUGCGUCUGAUGCCCGAGCGCCGGGGAGCCCUCCCGGGCAGCGAGCGUGGGCUAUCGGCGGCCAUCCGCGCCGCCCGCCCGCGUCUCCUCUUCCACGUCUCCGCGGCAGGUCAUCAUGGCUUAGAGACACCAAGCAGCCCUCCUCGCCCUCCUGCUUACUCUGCUUGGAACUUGACCUGGGUCAUGAGAGAUACAUCCCCUUUCUUCUCCCACAGAGGACGACACAUAUUUGACUGCAAUUUUGAAUCUCCUUGUGAGCUGGAAUAUUCCCUUCCCCAGAAAGAUCAAGGAACCCCCAACAACGCCUGGCUCAGACUGAAUGCAGAAGAAAUCUCACACCUAAACCUCCCAGAUGGGCCAGAGAGAGAUCACUCUGAGAAUACAUCUAAAGGUUCUUUUCUGUUUCUCAAUGCAUCAGAGAGGCCAAUCCCUGUCAUCCUGAGUCCUUGGCUAAGAAGCAGCAGCGACCAUUGUGUGGUUCAAGUGGCUGUUUUUAAGUUUUACCAGCAGAGCGGAGAAUAUAUUGCUCGUGUCCUUCCCAUUGACGAAAGCAGCAGUGACAUCUUAGCAGUGGAGGGGCCAGAGAAACACGGAUGGGUGCUGCUUCAAAGGAGAGUUGGACAUCUAGAAAAACCGUUUCGGAUCUCACUGGAGUACGUCACUAAUGGGAACAAGAGCGUAGCAGCUGUGGAUUCCUUUGCCAUGAAGAACUGCAGCACAGGAUCUGCUUCUGGCUCAAAGAUGGCUCUGGAGGGUUCCUUCAGCUGCUGGAAUGGAACGGCAAUCAGGCUGGGGCAGGUGUGUGACUUCAUCAGGGACUGCACUGAGGGAGAAGAUGAGGGAGAUCUGUGUGAAAGGCUUCCCUCUGGCUUUUACUGUUCAUUUGAAGAAGGCAACUGUGGCUGGAUGCAGGGCUCCUCUGUGUCCCAUCCUUCCCCAUGGCGGAUUGGCAGCCCGGAGCACAACCGUUUUCCUUCAGUAGAAGGUUGCGCGCUCCUGCUUAACACCAGCAAAGCACCAGCAGCAGCAAACACUGUCAUGACCAGUACUGCAUUUCCAGCUCCUUUGAGGAACUCCCCCUGUGAGCUACGAAUGUCAUGGCUCAUCCGUGGUGUCUUGCUGGGAAAUAUCUCCCUGGUGCUGGUGGAGAACAAGACAGGAAAGGAACAGAGCCGAAUGUUCUGGCAUUCAGAAAACAGCGAAGGUUUGGGAAUAUGGCAGUGGAUGACCUUACCUCUCCCAGAGGUACUGGAUAGGUCAUGCUUUGUGUAUGUCCUCAUUUCAGAUCACUGGUUAUUCACAACAUGUGGUGCCAGUGGACCCUAUGGCCCUACACAGAGCCAAUGCAACGAUGCCUACAGGAACUCCAACCUCAGUGUGCUUGUAGGAGCUGAAGGCAUUCUCCAAGGCAUUCAGAUCUGGAGAGUACCAGCAACCAACACAUACAGCAUCUCAGGCUAUGGAGCAGCUGGUGGGAAAGGAGGGAAGAACACCAUGGUGCGGUCCCACGGCGUGUCUGUGCUGGGAAUUUUUGACCUCCAGAAGGAUGAUACUUUGUAUAUCUUGGUGGGACAGCAAGGAGAAGAUGCUUGUCCUAGUACUAAUGAUGUCAUACAGAAAGUCUGCAUUGGAGAAAACAAUGUGAUUGAAGAAGAGAUACGUGUGAACAGAAGCGUCAAUGAGUGGGCAGGAGGAGGUGGAGGCGGGGGAGGUGCAACUUACAUAUUUAAGAUGGAGAAUGGAGAACCAGUCCCCUUGAUAAUUGCAGCAGGAGGUGGUGGAAGGGCCUACAGGGCCAAAACAGACACAUUUCACCCAGAAAGACUGGAGAAUGACUCCUCUGUCCCAGGGUUGAAUGGAAAUUCAGGAGCUGCAGGUGGUGGAGGUGGCUGGAAUGAUAACACUUCCUUCCUGUGGUCAGGAAAAUCCUUGCUGGAAGGUGCUACUGGAGGAAGAUCCUGCCCCCAGGCCAUGAAGAAGUGGGGGUGGGAGACAAGAGGGGGUUUCGGAGGGGGUGGAGGGGGGUGCUCCUCAGGUGGAGGAGGCGGAGGAUAUAUAGGUGGCAAUGCUGCAAUGGACAAUGACCCAGAGAUGGAUGGGGAGGAUGGUGUGUCCUUUAUUAAUCCAAUUGGUACUUUAUACACUCCAGCACUUAAAGUGACUGAGGGGCACGGAGAGGUGGAUAUUAGGCUGCAUCUUAACUGCAGUCACUGUGAGAUGGACGAGUGCCGUGUUGAUCUUGAGACUCAAAAAGUCAUUUGCUUUUGUGAGCCAGGCACAGAGUUGGCUGAGGAUGGUGUGUCCUGCAUAGUGACUCCAGGACCAGUGGUUCAUCUCCCUCUCUCCCUGGUCUUGUCUGUAGUGACUUCAGCAUUGGUGGCUGCUUUAAUUUUGGCUUUUUCAGGAAUCAUGAUAGUAUAUCGUAGGAAGCACCAGGAGCUGCAAGCCAUGCAGAUGGAAUUGCAGAGCCCAGAAUACAAACUCAGCAAGCUGCGUACCUCCACCAUCAUGACAGACUACAAUCCCAACUACUGCUUUGCGGGGAAGACCACAUCCAUUAGUGACCUCAAAGAGGUGCCUCGAAAAAACAUCUCCCUCAUCCGGGGUUUGGGCCACGGAGCCUUUGGUGAGGUAUAUGAAGGUCAGGUGGCAGGGAUCCCCAGCGACCCCACUCCCUUGCAGGUGGCUGUGAAAACGUUGCCAGAAGUGUGUUCAGAGCAAGAUGAGCUGGACUUCCUCAUGGAAGCUCUCAUUAUCAGCAAGUUCAACCACCAGAAUAUCGUGCGCUGUAUCGGGGUGAGCUUGCAGGCGCUGCCCCGUUUCAUUCUGCUCGAGCUCAUGGCUGGAGGUGACCUGAAGUCAUUCCUGAGAGAGACACGGCCCAGACCGAACCAGCCCUCCUCUCUUUCCAUGCUGGACUUGCUCCAUGUGGCUCGUGACAUUGCUUGUGGGUGUCAGUACCUGGAGGAGAACCACUUCAUUCACAGGGAUAUUGCUGCCAGGAACUGCCUCCUUACCUGUCGAGGGCCUGGGAGAGUGGCUAAAAUUGGAGACUUUGGAAUGGCCCGGGAUAUAUACAGAGCCAGCUACUAUCGGAAGGGUGGGUGUGCCAUGCUGCCCGUCAAAUGGAUGCCUCCUGAAGCUUUCAUGGAAGGAAUAUUUACAUCCAAAACAGACACAUGGUCCUUUGGUGUAUUGCUGUGGGAGAUAUUCUCGUUGGGAUACAUGCCCUACCCUAGCAAAAGUAACCAGGAGGUUCUGGAGUUUGUCACCAAUGGAGGAAGGAUGGAUCCACCUAAAAACUGCCCUGGCCCUGUUUACCGCAUCAUGACCCAGUGUUGGCAGCACCAGCCUGAAGACCGGCCAAAUUUUGCCAUAAUCCUGGAGAGGAUUGAGUACUGCACCCAGGAUCCAGAUGUCAUCAACACUGCUUUGCCAGUGGAAUAUGGCCCAUCAGCUGAGGAGGAGGAGAAGGUAGCGGUGCGCCCCGAUGAUCCAGAAGGAAUUCCUCCUCUCCUGGUCUCCACACACGAAGACAGAAAGGAUGAGAAGCAAACUCUGCCAUCUCCACCACCCCCGCCGUCAGCCAUCCCUGCUGGAAAACCUCUAGGGAAAGUGGGAGCCUUGGAUCCACCGGUGCUGGGGAAGGUGCAGGCAGCCUCGGCAGGGGGACACAUCAACAUGGCCUAUGCCCAGUCCAAUCCCCCUUCUGAGCUGCACAAAAGCCGAGGCUCCAGGAACAAGCCCACCAACCUCUGGAACCCAACCUACGGCUCCUGGUUUGCGGAGAAGCAGGCCAGCAAGAGCAGUUCUCUGCUGGAGAAGGAGAUGCCCGAGAGGGAGAAUUUAGGACAGGAAGGGAACUGUACUGUGGGGCCCAACAUUGUGACUGGCAGGCUGCCAGGCUCCUCCCUGCUAUUAGAGCCAUCUUCCCUAACAGCAAGCAUUAAAGAAGUGCCUCUUUUUAGGCUCCGCCACUUCCCCUGUGGGAACGUCAACUACGGAUACCAACAGCAGGGCUUACCCUUGGAAGCCUCCACUCCACCGUGCGCUAGCAGUUAUGAGGACCCUCUCCUUAGAAACAAGAGUCACAUAACCCAGCAGGGGCCAUGA